AUUGAAGGGAGAGGAGGAAAUCUGGAGUAAAACCAAACUCUGGCCGCUCAGAGAAUGGAAUUCCCAGAGAAUCCGUGGCUGUCCCAUCCCUGGAAGUGUCCCAGGCCAGGCUGGACGGGCUUUGGAGCACCCUGGCAUUGUGGAAUGGUGGGAUUUAAGGUCCUUUCCCACCCAAACCAGUCGGGAAUUCCCUGAUCCCCGAGUGCCAGGCCGGGAAAGGGGAGCUGGACACGGAGCUGGGAGGGGAGGGCAACUCCAGGGCUGGAAAAUCCUCCUGGAGCUUUAGGAAUUCUUCAGUUGAAGGAAUGUCAGGAAGGGAAAUGUCCGGAUGUUCGUUACCUGCGGAAGAACUCGGCAAACCCAAAUCCCUGUGGGAAUCCAGGGAUGCUCAGCAGGAGAUUAUGGGAUGCCUUUUCCAUAAAAUUGCCGUCAAAAGCUAUGGAGAACUUGGUUCCAUAGAGCUGGGGGAGGUUCCUCCAUCAAAAAACCUGGAUUUUCCAGGGAAGACCACUUUGGAGCUGCAUGAUUUUUUUGGGAUGCUUGAGCACCACACGGAUCCCGCCGGAAUCUCCUCUCUGAGCGUUUUCCUGGGAUGGCAGCGUGGGAAUGAUUUCUCUGGAUCCAUCAGUGGAAGUUUGGGGUCGGAUCCCUUGGGAAUGAGGGCUCUGGGAGCUCUCCCAACUCCUGCGUCUCUUCCCAAGGCUGGGAAUUUUAUCCAGAGCCUCACCUGGAGCUUCCAGAAAUCCCUGGGAGCCCUCAGCUCCCAAGGUUCUUCCUUGGAAUGUUUGGGGCCGUUGUGCCCCGGCUGUGAUGUCAGAGCUGCUCCCAUGGGAACAGCUCCAGGGCCUGGUGUGGACACGGAGUGACCGGAGCCACAGCAGCUCCCAGCCCGGAUUCCCAUGGAUCAGCCCGAGUAGAGGUUGGGAUGUUGGGAUUGGGAGUGCUCCAGACUCUGGGAUGUGUUUGUGUCAGUCGGGAUUGGACUACGAGGAAUUGGGAUUUUGGGGUUUCCUCACACUCCGCAGCGUUAUUUGGGAGAUUCCUGCAGGAAUUCCCGCUGGAAGUUUGGAGUUUGGUGGGAAAACGAAACUGGAGCCGCUCCUUUUCCAGUGGAAAUCCAUCUAAAAUAAAAUCCAUCGAAAAUCAUGUGGGAACUCUUAGGGAGAGGGGAGAAUUUCAAUCUUAAAUUGCCCAACGCACCCAAAACUGAUGGAAUUUGGGCAGAGUUGGAUUGGAUCCAAUGGAUCAGAACAUCCUGUCCUGUUGGAAGAACAUUCCCAAUGGAAUUCCUGGAAUUCCCGCCCUGCUGGAUCCAGUAACUCCUUGCCGUGUCUUUUUUUCAGUUGUGCCUCCAGCUCAAUUCGGGGAGGAUUUUCCCAGGUGGAAGGAUUAGAUCUGGCGGGAUGUCAGAGACAUCCCGAAGGAUCCGGCAGAUUUAUGGAAUGAUUCCGGGGGGUUUGGAGCGCUGAACCCAGACACAAAACCACCCGGAGAGAUGGAGCAGAGCCCCAUGGCGGUGAUCCUGCUGUGCGCCCUGUGCAUUCCAGCGGCGCUUCCCUCGGAGCCGGAGCCUCCCGCGGGGUCGGGAUUGGGCUCGGAGCUUCCUGCGGGGUCGGAGCCCAUCCCGCUGGGGCUGAAGGCCAUGGUGGUGGUGAACUCCACGCCCUGCAGCGUCACCUGCGGGCUGGGCGUGAAGGAGGAGCGGCUGUGCGAGGUCAGCCCGGCCGGGGAGCGCCGGAAUUGCUCCCUGGUGCGUUCCCGCUGCCUCAGCCAUUGGAUAUGUGGCCUCCGGCACCUCAGCGUUCCCGAGGGAAAUCCCAUCCGCCUCACCUGCCUCUCCCCGGACACCGCCGGCCUGGAGGGACAGAAUUUCAGCUACACCUGGAGGUUCGCCCGCGGGCUCAUCACCACCAACGACCUCCUGUUCCAUCCUUUCCGCAAUCCCAGCCCUUCCCUGAGCUUCUUGCCAGCUCUGGAGUCGCAUUCCGGGACCUACCGCUGCGACGUGCAGGUGCUGAGCUCCUUCCAGCUCGUCAAGAGGAUCUACUUCGGCCUCAGGGUGAUCCCCAGGGAUCUGGUGGAUCUCGACUUCCAGAAAUCCCUGACUUGGGAGCAACAGCUGGCGGCCAACGGGGAGGAGCCGCCGGGGAACGGCAGCGGCGCCGCGCAGCCGGAGCGCUGGCGGAAUCCGUGGGAGAAGCAGUGGAUUUACGAGGCGGUGCUGGGAGUCGGGAGCGGGGUGAUCCUGGGGAUCCUCUUCAGCCUUGGCCUCUGCUGCCUGGGCAGGGUGUGCAGGAACAGAGCGGCGCGGGAAAUGAACAGACUUCGACGCAAUUCCCCGUCUUCCGAUCUUUAUUAGGAUCAGGAAUUCAGGCUGGGAUUCUCGGGAUGGUCCGCCGCUGCAUUUUGGUGAUCCUUCCCUUCCAACUUGGGGCAUUCCGUGGAUCCCAUAACUAUUUAAUGGGAUAUUUUUGUUUGCAGCAGAUUGGUAAAUUAAUAUUUUGGGCUGCUUUGGGGCAUGGAUUAGGAAUUCAGGAAUUUAGGAUGGGAUUCUUGGGAUCGUCCGCUGUUGGAUUUUGGUGAUCCUUCCCUUCCAACUUGGGGCAUUCCAUGGAUCCCAUCACUAUUUAAUGGGAUAUCUAUCAUUUAUUUUCAACAGACACAGCUCAUUAUUGAAUAUUUUCAGCCACUUUGGAGCCUGGAUUAGGAAUUCAGGGUGGGAUUCUUGGGAGUCAUCUACAUUUUGGAUUUUCCAACUUCCAACUCGGGGAGUUCCAUGGAUCCCAUGGA